UACCUCCCGUCAAAUCAGCCAUUGUACUAGCUAGAAUGAGGUGGUUAAUAUUAUUUGUUCUAUUCACUUGUGUUUGCACCAAUGAGCUGCCAUCACGGUUAGUAAAGACAGCCCAAGGGCCAGUAAGGGGGUACAAAGAUCCUGAUUAUGAUGUGUUCACGUUCCACAAUAUUCCCUAUGCUACUGUUCCAUCCGGUGUUGACAGAUUUAAGGCACCACUACCACCGCCUGUUUGGGAAGAACCAUUUGAAGCAGCUGCAGGACAUCAAAUAAUAUGUCCGCAAAGUAAUUCUUUCGAUUUCCUACCAGACACCACAAGAGUUGAAGAAAAUUGCCUCAUUGCUAAUGUUUAUGUACCUGAUGGUGUUGUAGAAUUACUCCCCGUGGUAGUUUAUGUGCACGGGGGUGCGUUUGCGAUUGGCUAUGGAGAUAUGAUUGAUCCUCGGGAAAUGGUGAAUUCAAAAAAGAUUUUACUUGUCACCUUCAAUUAUCGUUUAGGAUUUCAUGGUUUUCUGUGCUUGGGAACAGAAGCAGCCCCUGGAAAUGCCGGUAUGAAGGACCAGGUGGCACUGCUGCGUUGGGUACAAAAGAACAUUGCUAAUUUUGGUGGUAAUCCAAAAGAUGUAACAAUCGUUGGAAGCAGCGCUGGCGCUGGUUCAGUAGAUCUCUUGAUGGUCUCUAAGAUGGCCAGAGGGCUAUUUAAUAAAGUAAUUCCUGAAAGUGGAGCAAAUACAGCAUCUUUUGCCGUGCAUAUUGAUCCAAUUGAAUCAGCCAAAUCAUACGCAGAGCUAGUAAACGCUGAUAUUGAUGUAAAUGAUAUAUACGCCUUAGAAGAAUUCUUCAUAAAAACUCCACUACAGGAUCUUAACAUUAUAAAUAUGACAAAAAACGAUUCAACAGUUGCGACAAGCCCUUGUGUGGAGCGAAAUAUUGGCGUAGAAAUGUUUCUUACAGAAAGUCCUUACGAUAUCCUUAAGAAAGGUGAUUACGAAAAGUUACCUAUGCUAUAUGGUUUUACGAAUAUGGAAGGUUUGAUGAGAAUUUUUUUCAACCGAGGAUUGGUAGUGCCGGAUCUAGAAUAUAUGAACAAGAACUUUUCAAGCUACUUGCCAGCUAAUCUGCAAUUUAAAAAUGAAAAAGAGAGAAACGAAGUAAUGGAGAGAAUCAAAACUCACUAUUUUGGUACAGUUGUGGACGAAGAAGACAUUCUAGAUUAUGUUGAUUAUUUUUCGGACGGUUUCUUUGUACAACCAACUUUGAUGUCAGUGAAACUUCAGGUAGAGGCUGGGAAUGACCAAAUUUACUUGUACGAGUAUUCGUUCACCGAUGCCAACGAUCCUACUUCAAGUGUACCAUUUACAAAAGUACGUGGAGCGUACCAUUGCGCCCAGUCCCAGGUCGUUUGGGGUUCGACUCUGAACGUAGAUUAUUUCAGCUUUAACAAAUCAGAAGCUUAUGAGAACCAUCGAAAAAUUAUCCAAAAAUUGUGGCUCAAUUUUAUAACUACUGGAAACCCUACCCCUGAAGGUUCUGGUCUGCCGGAGUGGCCAGCGGUGGGCAGGAAGUGGUCUCCGCACAUGUCUCUGGGUCGGGCGGUGGAGCUGCGCGGCUCGCUGCUGAAGGAGCGUGCGCUGUUUUGGGAGGACAUCUACGCGCGCCACUAUCGCUCCCCGCAGCCUCCGCCGACGCCGCCACCGAAACGCACCGAAUUGUAGAAAUAUACUACUGUAAUGUAAUAAUAAAAAAGUGAAAUUUUAAAUAACAUGUCAUUUAGGUCAGAAUCGCAGAGGCAUCGUCUGCCGUGCAGAUACAGUCUUACUAUUUUAACACAACAACAAACAACACAAAUGUUGUCGCGUCAUUAGUGUUGAGUUUUAAUAGUGGCAACAGGUAGUGAAACAAUAAAAUUCUAUUAAUUUGCUCACUAGAACCAAAUAAAUUGUAAAACAUCCUUAUGAUCCUCGAUCGUUUGAUGAGUUGGA